CACGCUAUUGGUCGGCACCGCGUCGAGCGCGAUUCCUCCUUCGCUUGGCUACCGAAUGGCCCGGCCCGCCAGCCGAGUGACAAACGGCGCCAUUGUCAAAUUGCUUCCGCUCGUGUGUGUUCGCUGUGCGGACAUUUCACCAAAACCAAACCUGAACCCAGAAUACGGGUACUGCACUAUUUUCAUCCUUUCUUAGCCGACGCAGUUCGUCGACGAUGAGCUGUCCGAUCAACCCCCAGGCUUCUCCGGCUGCUGCUGUUUUCCACCAGGUCUUCAGUUCUCAAAACGUGAGAGGAAGACCUGUGGGAAGGUCCCUGGCGGCGCUCAGCUUCCCCAAAGCCAGAACUUGUUUGUGGGAUGGUCGACCCGCCGGGGAGAAGCUCUGCAUCCAUCUGUGCUCUCGCAGAAUGCCCCGCCUCCUGCUGCAUGAGAAAGCUCUUCGUCUGGCUAAGCGUCAUGUGCGCCGAUGCGAGACGGCUGACGUGCACUGCUUCUUCCUGGGCUCUGCGACCGUGGAUGCAGACGAGGGCGGCGUCACGGUGACGCUGGACCGCUUCGAUCCGGGUCGAGAGCGGGCUGGCGACUUGGACUGCGUUCCUGCCGCUGCGCUGCCGGGCGACGUCCUGGUUCCUUGUUUGUUCACCAGCCAGAAGAGCUCCGACGACCUGGUCCAAUCGAAGGCCGAGCUGAAACGCUCCAUCUCUGCCUUGCAGGCUCACGUGAGCGGCUCGCAGCCCCUGGAGCUGAGCCAGUUGCUGAAGGUGAAAGGCCGCGUCAGCUGGCAGCCGCGGGGAGACGCUGCAUCCUACCACCUGGCCUGGUCAUCCGUUUGUCUGUCCGUCCGCUUGGAUGUCCACCCGCUCUGCCCCGUCCCCAUCAUCCCCACCGCGCUGCUCAGGAGUCUGAGCGGCGCAAUCGGCCGCCGGCGAGGGUUUGUCACCAUGGAUGAGAGCAGGAAGUUGCUGCUGCUGCUGGAGUCUGACCCCAAAGCCUCCAAACUGCCGCUGGUGGGCGUCUGGCUGAGUGGCGUGACUCAGGUGUCCAACCCUCUGGUGUGCGCCUGGUGUCUUAGGUUCCUCUUUGGCUGCACCCUCCAGGACAGGUUGGUGAUGGUGCAGGAGGCGGCCGCCUGCCUUACUUCCUUUACUUUGCCUUCCGCCACCACUUUUGCUCGUGUGCCUGUCAGAGUUGUGUCGGAGGACAACGCGUUCCUGCUGGCCAUCUUCGCCUCCCCGCGUGCGGGCCCUGCCUUCUUCCAGGUUCGUUGGCCAGCCACCACUGCUGCUUCCGCUCCGCUGGACAGCCAACUGCUGAGCGCCUCGGGGUGCGUGACGCUCGACCAGCAGGGGCCAGCGGUGGAAGGUCAGACGUUGGAGUUUGAGCUGAUAGCCGAAGGUCACGUCCGCCAACUCCAAGUGUUCCAAGACGCUCACAGCUCCUUGAGCAGCGAUGGUCCUCUGAGGGUGGCGGUGCCAUGCAUCAGCGAGCAAGAUUCCGGCGUGGAGGCCAACGAGUGGUCGCCGCGGCCUUCGCCUCUGCCCCACCUCCGUGUGCAGCGGGCACCUGCGGUCCAGCCGGCAGUUCCGGAACUUUCCGUAUUGAUGGAUGACGGCGUGGGCGCCGACGGGCAUCGUGCUCCUCCUCUCCUCCAUAGCACCCCAGACCCCCAGGCGCCUCACCGCCUAAAGUUCUGCGCCGCUCCCAUGCCCGAGCCACGCGACCUUUGGCUUUCCGCGCGGGCCGGCGGUUGUUUUCCUUCAGGCCCGAGCGCCGGGUCGCCCCCCUGUGUGGCAUGCCCCUCUCAUGUGGUGGAAUCAUGCGACGCCCACCAGUUGCUCUUCCAGCAAGACCAGCAGCUCCGCCUCCUGCAGGCUCAGGUCCAGAUGCUGCUGGCAGCUCAGGAGGCCCAGCCAACCUACAAGACAGAGACCUCCUGUACCACCACCACCAGCGUCGCCGUGGCAACAGGCACCAGUCUCCUUUGGGGCGGUGGGACUCCACCUCGCCCCUUGAUCCCGCCCUCGAGGAAAAGUGAGGUCACAGGCCAGGAGUCGCCAGCCGAGGUGGAGUCCGACUUCUGCGGCGAACGCACGCACGUAGUGCCUGACGGUUGCCUGCAGGAAGCGACGAGGAAGGACUUAUCCCAGAGGAAGGGCCACUGCGGCGGCGGAGCCCAAGAGGCCAUGAGCAUGACGUCGCAGGGACGCAGCUCAACCCCCCCGUCAGUAUCGGGCAUCAACCCGAACGGGACGGCCAUUUCGCUGGGGUGCCUCAAGCGCUCGCCAGUGGCAGGCACCGUUGAGCUCUGGCUGUCCAGCAACAUGUCGGUGGCCACAAUGAAACACAUGCAGCAUUACGGCCUCCUGGGGGGCCCCGCUGAGCUCCACCCGCAGAGUCAGCUGAUUGGGGAGACGAUGGCCGACGGCAACGAGAAGGCCACCUAUGGAGGGCCGCCGUGUUUGGCCCGGGCAGUUGGGGACGACUCGGUGGGCAAUGUCUUGGACCUCAGCCGCCUCAGACAGCUGCCCAAACUCUUCUGACAUCACUCUCAUGUUGCAUUUUAAUUUAAUAAAGAGCUUUGCAUUUAAAA